CUCCUAGGGUUAAGUCUCUUGAUCGAGCUAUCUAAUUUGUUUUCUCUUGAUGUUAAUUUGGUUUUUUGAUUUGUGUUUCGAUUUUUUCUCUCAGGAAGUGAGAACUUCGGAAAGGGAUUUUGUUUGAUCUCGUUGGCGAACAGAGUUGUAUGUUCUAUCCAGCUACAUUAAAUUUUGUGAUAUAUACCCAGUUGGAGUAGGGGACUCUUUUUUUAACCCCGGAAAAUUUGAUGUCAUGGAGCAAAAUGAUGCUGGCUGCCAAGCUCCUCAAGCCCCAAUCCUUUGCGUCAAUAAUUGUGGGUUCUUUGGAACGGAAGCUACAAUGAAUAUGUGUUCCAAGUGCUACAAAGACACGAUGUUGAAGCAAGAGCAGGCAAAACUUGCUGCUACGUCUAUCGAGAACAUCGUAAAUGGGGGUUCCAGCUCCAGCGGGAAGGCUGUACAUUUCGUUGUGGGUGCAGAGGAAGACUCUGCUGUGUCCACGGUGGUGCCAACCCAAAUCUCGUGUGCACCGCCCGAGAGUGACAAUGGUGGUGAGAAGGCGAAAGAAGGCCCGAAAAGAUGCAACACUUGCAGGAAGCGCGUUGGACUAACGGGCUUCAACUGUCGAUGCGGGCAUCUUUUCUGCGCAGUGCAUCGCUAUUCUGACAAACACGACUGUCCUUUUGAUUACCACAAGGAAGCACAGGAUGUGAUUUCCAAAGCCAACCCAGUUGUUAGGGCCGAAAAACUAGACAAAAUCUAAAGGAUUUCAAGAACGCAAUGAUUUCUUUUGGUUUUGUAAACUGCAUACCCACCCUUGUUGUCUUCUCCAUGUUAUGAGAUGCAUAAAAGAUUAAGGGAGACUGAAGGCAAGCGUUGAUAUGGCAUCAAGCGGAUCUGAGGAAUACAAUGCCCGUGUUAAGCAGUCCAGGUAUUAUGUUAUGGUUCUGUUCCAUCUGCCGUGCUUGUGUUUUUUUGUGCUUUGGUUUGUCGGACACUAGUGUGAUUUCUCUCUGAAUGUAGCAGCUCCUAAAGCCAAUAAGGAGAAUUAUAUUUAAACUUAGUUUCUCAGUCCUAUUCAAAUUUUAUUUAAUUGCAAGUUACUACAUGA